AAGGGCCGCGAUAUUUUAUAAAGUUUUAAGUGUCCCGUGUAUCGUGCGUGAUAACUAGCGUGCAGGUGAUUGGGCGCCAAAGUGGGAGUGGGAAUCGAAGGCGUCUUCUCGAGAAGCGCCAAGUAUCGCAGACGCGGUGGGAGGGCGCUAUCGAAAAACACAAAAGAAUAAACAAACGCGUGCGGGUGUGACGAUUGUGGGUGUUAAAAAAGCGGGAAACUUUUCGGGAGAUAAGCCUCCGGUGGAUCCUUCAUUAUCCUUCUGGAAAUCCUCGAAACAUCCCAAUCCCGAUGACGGGCUACAAGAGCGUCAACUUUGCCGAUUUGUGCCGCCUUUGCGCGGGCAGCAACGGCUCACGGAUCGGAGUCUUCACCGACGAGGGACGCAAAAAGAAAAUACAGCACAAAAUCAGCGAUUCGCUAAGGAUAACCGUGCAAGAAUCGGACCGGUUGCCGAAAUCCGUGUGCGUGAGUUGUCUGAAGCAGGUGGAGGCGCACCUCGAUUACCGAGAUGCGACGCUACGGGCACAGAAGAUGCUGGAGAGCUGUCUCAACUCGGCCAAGAUGAAGAACGUUGGACGGGUGUACAUCAAAGACGACAAACGGAAAGAUACUCCUCCCACACUUCCUCCUCCGCCCACUAUCCCGCAAAUAGUCACAUCGAUCCCGGUAGUCAGUCCCACGAAACCGGCCACCACACAGGUGAAGCUGGUGGCAACCGGUAGCGGUCAGCAGAUCGUGCAACAGCCCGUGAACCAGUUCCCGGACAACACGCCAAUACUGAUUAGCAGCAACAAUGGUCUGCAGAGGGUGAUGAAUGGUUCGAUAACCGUUAAUAACAGCAACGGGAACAGUGGCACCAUCGGCACCGACAACUUAGUUGUCUCGAAUGUUGCCCUUCCGGCUGGCAUUGUGGCAGUGAAUAGCAACAACAACGCCAACAACUUCAUUAUGCAGCAGCAACAAAUCACCUCUCCGCAGCCACAACUCAUAGUUCAAGCCAGCGGACAGCAACAACAGCCGCAACAGCAACAGCAGCAGCAGCAACAGCAAAACCAAUUGCCACAGUUCACGAUAACACUGGACGGACAGACGAUGCUCAAGGCGAACAAUAAUAACAUCACCUACAAAUUGCAGAACGGGAUGUUAGUUCCUGUUUCUCCGCCGAAGCUGGUGCCCCCUGAACAGCAGCAACAACAAGCAACGUUUACACAGGUUGACGAGUUCAUCAAAAUUAAAGCACCGACGGCUAAGCCCGUUCGAAGAGAGUCUCCCCAGAGUCAAAAUGAGGCAUCGCCAGCGAAGAGACAGAAAGUGUAUCAGAUCAUCAAUCCCGAAACGCCUGUUAAAGCGUCGUCUAUUUUGGGCUCUGGAAUGAAUGGUGCUUCUCCAACUGUAUCACCGAUCGUUUCUUCGAGUGGUUCUGUCGUUUGUACAACAAGCGUUGCCGGAGCAGGCGGAGCUGUUACAAGUUCACCAGUCAAUAGAGGGCAAGUUAUGACAAAAAGUAUUCAGCUGCAAGAUCUCAAGCUGAUGGCCAGUGGUGUUAACAAGUGUAUCGUGCCGGUCAUGAUGAAAAACGAUGCGUCCACGCCGACUGUAACGGAAAAUGUGUCGACGAACGGUAUGGUAACGAAUCUGCCCUCGAAUGGCGGUGUGCAGCUCGUGCAGAUGAAGGUGGAAACUGGCCCGGAUGGUGUGCUGCGAUUAACACCAGCCCAGCUCAAUUCACAGCUGACGAUAAGUCCGCAAUCGAUGCCACAGUAUAGCCUGCAACUGACGGGUGGAAUGCCAGGUCAGAUGGCACCGAUUGCGAUUGUUAAUCAAAAUCAAAUGCAGCAACAAACGCAGCAGCAAUCACAGCAACAACAGCAACAGCAACCACAGCUUAUCCAGGCUAGUGUGGCCGGUCAAACGAUCGGUAACAACUAUGUCACGUUGGUUGGAAAACCAGCAGCACAGACACAGCAAACGACGGGUGACGUCAAUUUUCAAACGGCGAACGUUGUCCUUACCACAACCGCAUCGCAGCAAUCUCAGCAACAGCUGCAGCAACAACAACAGCAACAACAACAGCAGCAGCAGCAACAGCAACAACAGCAACAACUGCAGCAGCAACAACAACAACAGGAGCAACAACAACAGCAACAACUGCAGCAGCAACAGCAGCAGCAACAGCAGCAGCGCACUUUUGUUGCAAAAUCAGCAACAACGGUCACUACAAGCCAAUUGAAAUCAACUUCGCGGCCUGCUGUUACCCUACAAACGCGCAAAGUGGUAUCGACUGCGACAAACGUACGAACGGUACAGAGUGGUACUGCGAACCAACGCGAUGGUGUAGCCAAAGCCACAACACAAGCCUCAAGUGGUCAGCAGAAUAAACCUACUUUGCGAGUCGUACAGGUGAGCCGCACUCCGAUAACUACACCGGUAAAACCUGUUGUACACGUCGAGACGAGCAGUCCACCGGCACCAACUUCUAGUGACAAUUCCUUCGAAGA